AUGGCUCAGCAGUAUCCAACAUCAUCUGCCACCGGAACACCUCAUCAGUCCACACAGGUGUUCAGUCGACCAGCUGUAGUUGAUGAUAUUGGACCCGCCGCUGCGAUAUCGCCAGUACAGGAACGCGAUGGAAUCGAUGGACGAAACAGUUCAUUUGAAGAUAAACAGGUUGAGGUUAGCAGGUUUUCCUCGGAUGCUGAUAACGACAAGGGCCGCCUCCGAUCUUACAUAUCGGCCUUCUCGCUCAAACGCAGGGUGAACAAGCCGUCCCCCAAAACCCUGCGUGAAACGAGUGAGGGUACUGCCAGUCCCUCCACCCCCGGCGACCAAAGCCUCGGGGGAUCUCAUAAGCAUCGCUCAUGGUCAAACUCCAUGAAAAAGGGGUUCAAACGUGUUUUCAGCAGAUCCCAGCAUAUCGAUACCACCGAUGCCACCGAUGCCACUGCGCAGCCAUCACCACUCUCAGGUAGGUCAUAUGGCGUUGAACCGGUCGUGACAACCCCGUCCAAGGGAAACGUGGAAGUUGUCCCUCCUGGGGAUAGUCUGAAGGCACCCCCUCCUCUCCGGCCUCUUGUCCACUCAUCGACCAUGGCUAAUCUCCGUACAGUGCCUUCCGAGUAUCCCCGGCCUCUUGUUCGGUCAUCCACCACGGACAGUCUCUGUGAUUCCGAGCCGCACGUCACCAGCUGGGCUGAUUCAACCCUGACAAACACAGUCACUUCCCUCAAGCCGGAGCAUGGCGAAUCGCUUUCUUCAACCAGAGAGGACGAAACCCUCGAUCAACUACUGCCACCGCCACCUUCACGCGUAGUAAGCGAUACACAGAAUGAUCCUUCUUCUGCCCCAUUGUUCAAUCGCAAUAUGCAGGUUGACUGUCAGGACCUGUGCGCUGUGAUACAGCGUGAAAUCGACCGACACCAGCGGUCCUGGUCCAACGAGGCUCCGAUUGUCGGUAGGGUUCCAGAAGGCCGUGUGGUGCCACAGAUGCCAGCUUCACAUUCCCCGUAUGGCAGACACACUGAUCGUCUUGUUCCCAGUCAAGGAGCAGUAGUCUCGCCGGUUGAAAGCAACGAGGAUCCCGUUCUCCGUGUGGCUAUAGAUCCUCGCAUGCUUCCACCUCGCAUGCUUCCACAGAUGCCAACUUCACAUUCUCAGUAUGGCAGACGCACUGAUCGUCAUGUUCCAAGCCAAGAAGCAUCGGUCUCGCCAGCUGAAACCAACGAGACUCCAAACUUCGGUAGGGUUCCAGAGCGUCGUGUGGCCCCAGAGACGCCAGGCUCAGAACACUCUCAAUAUCGCAGACGCACUCUUCGUCAUGUUCCCAGCCAAGAAGCAUCAAUCUCGUCCGAGUCAUUCUCCACAGCGUCUGGGGAGCAGUCAAAUGCCCAAAAGUCUCAUCUGCGCCCGGCCAAACGCUUGACGGUUCGCCCCAGCGAGUCAUCUCCGCCAAGGACUCCACAAGAGAAGAGUGACACUCCCUUGGUUCCCCAUCUUCAAGACGCGACAAGGAACGCUGAUUCUCCAAGCGUUGAGUCUGGGAUCAGUAGUGUCGAUCCUUCGCCGAGGGCUAACAUUGUUGAUGAUGCUCUCCGUACACUCAUCAGUCGUCGUCAGCGAGAGUCGAGAAAUAGGAUCGCUCGAUUGAAUUACUAUCCCAGAGAUAGCAAUGGCCAUGUUCUGUUGGGAGAUGAGACGGGGGUUAGAGACAUUCGCAACGCCUUUCCUGUUCGACCUGGACGGAUGAGGAGGGAUUAUUCACCGAGUGUUUAUUCCCGAACAUACAGUGGCAUCGCUCUGCCAAGACCGGAUGUUGACAUCGACGGCGAGUCCCAAGAUGAAUCAGGGAUGGCAACCGUGUUUACCCAGCAGCGGAUGAACGUGUCACCCAGACCUGCCCCUCCGAAUUCAACCUCUGAGGAUUUUUUGAAAGCCAGUGAGGACUGGUAUCGAUGGUUGAGCUCGGAAGUCGGGAAGCUUGUCCAGACCAUGCCCCCGGGCGAGCAUAUCAGAGAAUAUGAACAUUUCCCGGAUGAGGAUGAGAAGUUCCAAGAGCAGGAUGAGCGGUUCCGAGAGCAGAAUGAGCAGUUGACAAACGUUGCGCGAGACGACGAUGUCAUCGCACCAGGCAACGAUGUGAUCUCUACAACUCUUACCCCGGCUGAGACUUCCAGCUUCACACCUCCAGCUCAUGUCCAUACUGAACAGCGGAGUUUGACACGCAAUUUCUCUUGGCUUUUCUCGCGCCCUUCGUCCGACAUGUCUGAGAAGAAAGAUUCAUCCGAAAACACGAUGGGUGAUGCCCACACACCCCACAGUGCUCCUGCCAGCAAUCCCGCCAUUCAUCCAGCUCUGAGACCUGCCAUGGAUCGCGCCGUCAAUCCCGCCCUCAAUUCCGCCACAGAAUCCGCGAGAGAUCACAAUAACUCUACCUCUCCUGCGUCCAACCACCACGCCUCUCUUGCAUCCGAUGAGUAUGCUUCUCUCGCAUCUAGUGGCCCGGUUUCUCCUUCAUCUGUCCUCCGUGCACGGCUGCAUAACCAAUCACCAAUGAGGCUGGGAUCUCAACCCCUGCAGCCUCCCGACUCACCAACGCCCAAGGCUGGUGACAGAAGGCGAGUGUUUUCAGAAUCACAGCGGAGCCGAUAUGCAGCUCGGCGGGCUGCCCUCACCCAGCCCCAGCCCAUGCAACAAGGGCCAUCUGUGAGCAAUGAAAACCACCGCGAUCAGGAGGCCACAGGGGUGUUGGAUCGCUUUAUGGAGAUCCGUGAACGGUGCGAGGAGGCCACUCCCUCCAAGGAGAACAAGAGCACGGUCUUUCCCAACUCCAAAGCGAUGGUUGAGGAAUUCCUGAAGCGUUCCCGGGAGCCACGGGAUCCCCCCACUGACAGCGAUGGAGACAUGGGAGGGUUGAUGUGA